CCUUAACACUACAAAGACAUAGGGGAGCGACUCGCAGAGAAGUCGUGCGAGAGAGAAGAGUUGAGUUCUCUUAAGCGGAACGCGCCGACAUCAAAACCUCAUGCGUUUAUAUCGAUGACAAGUCUUGAGAUAUAUACGUCUACAAUCCUAGAAGGCAAACACAGCGUACGCCUGAUUUUCAUGCAACGGCUGGCCCAUUGAUACUGUUCUGAUAAAUAUCGGGCAGUGGCAGCAAAUGAGACGAACCGAAUCGACUGGCAAUACUCAAGCUUCAAGAAUGGGCCGCUAGGUCGACCAGCAAAUCGCAGGAGGUGCUACGUGAAGACCCUGUGUGCCAGCUUCCUGGGCUGGACAAUCGGCGGCACGAUGUUCUGGAAAUUCGGGUUCGCAGCCAACUCUUCGAUCGAUACCAUCCUCGAUCGGCCCAACGUGUCCUUAGAGGAUAUUCUUGACGAGGACGAUUUAUUGCAAGAAUGUAAAUCCCAGAAUACAAAGCUCAUAAGCUUUCUCCAACAACCCCGCAUUCUCAAGCGACUCUUGGAGCAUGUCGUAGGUGAUGCGGACGUGGGCGGGGGCCAAGGGCCUGAAUGGGAGGAGAAAGUGAAAUUCAAGUACCCGUACAUCGCGUCCGAAGUCCUUUCAUGUGAUAUCUGGGCAAUCGCUGAGGGCCUGUUGGCGGAUCCGAAAGGACUUCUUGAGCCUUUCUGGGAUGUAAUUCUGACAUACGACGCCGAUUCGCCAUCGGCGCCCACGCCUCACCAUUCGCAUCCUCUCUUCGCUGCGUCUUUCAAGCUUCCGGCUCACCUUGAUGAAAGCGCUUCAGUUCCAACGAGCACUCCGCAUGCUUCACUCGGCCGGACAGCAUCGGACAGUGCCGAGCCAGGCCCCGGAAAGAGUGUGCUGGCUGGCUACUGGGCCAAAGUGAACGGCUUUUUAUUGGACAAGAAGGCAUCCGAGAUGCUCGAAUUCAUCAAGUCCUUACCAAUGAUCACGGAGCGUUUUGCUGCUCAUAUUGAGACGCCUGCGGUGAUAGACUUGCUCUAUCGGAUCAUCCAGUGCGAAGACACCAGCCCUUCAGCCGGAAUUAUCGACUGGCUAGCCGAUCAUCAUCUGGUUCUCCUGCUGGUCGACUUGCUGUCCCCCUCUCAUUCGCCCAAUAUUCACAACAACACUUCGGAGUUGCUCAAGGCGGUGAUUGCGCUAUCUGCGCCAUCGCCUUCUACUCUCGCGCAGAAUGCAGAUCCGUCAGCCCCGGGCUUUGACAGCAGCAUGUCAAGCGCGACGGGGGUGGCCAACAAUCGCAUUGUUCGAGACCUUGCAGGGGAAGAUGUUGUCCGCAAAAUGGUCACAUUCAUGUUAGAUUCGGCAGAUUCGGCAGUUGAUGAGCCGCAGAUACCCAGCUCGGAAACUCCGGCCCCUGUUCGAGCAUCGAGCACAGAAGAGGAGGCGCCAAUGCCACUUAAUCCAAGAGACAGCCCUGCUUCGGAAUCAAGAGUACUGGAACCCACAGAUCCACGCCGCAGUCCACGCCCCUCGCCAGACUCACACCGUCAAGACAAAAGCAAGGCGAAAGCACCGGAGGUCGCCAUCACGCAGGAGACGCGCACAUCCUCACUCGUUACGUGCAUCAGCAUCUUCAUAGAGCUCAUUCGUAAGAACAAUAGCGACUACUUUGAGCAGCAUCUCUUCCACACCCUCCGGUCACACCUACUACAACGACAACAAGAGUUGUCGGAGCAGCGCACAAACAAGGUCUCUCGCGUUCUCGAACAGAGUGGCACUCAAGAGCCACCACCGGACAUGAAUGAGGAGGAUGACGAGAUGGAAGGGAUGGAGGAGGCAAUGGCGGAAGUUUCGGAGAAGUUGGGCAUUGUGCAUCUCGGCCCCAUGCUAGGGAUAAUCAGCGAAAGGUUGCCAGAUUUCCAAAAACUGCUCACGCAGCCGAGUGAAUCAACCGCAAAGCUCGCCAUGACGAUCGGCCCCAUCACGCCUCUGUCUUUCGAACGCUACCGCAUCACUGAGCUUUACGCAGAGCUACUGCACUGCUCCAACAUGGCGCUGCUGAAUAGAGCGCCGGGAUCAGGGCCACAGUACUCCAAACAGGGCACUCUGAUGGGCGGCAUCGAUGGUCUUCAGGUGCUUGCUAAAGCGCUUCAAGGAUUGGAUGGAAACGAUGGCGAUGACGACGCCAGCUCCACGGGCGUUGGGCAUGGACAGGAUCCCAGCGGCCCCGUCAGCAUGCAUCAGUCAUCAACUCCGCUUGAGCAAGGGACGGAAGCAUCAAAGGAUGCCGAAGCCGACGCUCCGAUGCGGAGGUCACGUCACCUUCGCGAGGAGUCGAAGGUCGGCACCAGCGAUUCGGGCGAAUUCAUGGGCGAUGAGAGUACCGAUACUGCUGAUGCAAGCUUCACUGCCGUGACGGGCGAGAACUCUUCAUUUACGCUUGGCAUAGUCGAUGCCUCUCCGCCAUCGGCCGAUGACGACACCACUGCGGAAGUUACCGACGGCGUUAUACAGCUCAGUCUCCAUCAGCGCGCGCAGCACCUGUCUAAUGGCGCCGUGCAUAUAGAGGCUCCGAACGAAUCAGACUUGUUCGUUGGAGAGCUGCUCAAAAAGCGCUUCCAUGAGUGCAGCGUAAUUCCAUCUAUCCUUCAACUCUUCUUUGAUCACCAUUGGAACAACUUUCUGCACAACGUCGUUUACGACAUUCUACAACAAUUCUUCAACGGGCGAAUGAAUGGAGGGUAUAAUGAGCGGCUGACGAUCUCAGUGUUCGCAGAGGGUGAGCUUUGCAAGCGAAUUAUUGAAGGGCAUCAUGCAAACGAAGAAUCUGCUAAUGGCCCUCGCAAGAUACGCUUGGGUUACAUGGGCCACCUCAACCUGAUUGCGGAGGAGACUGUCAAGCUCCUUGAGCGCUACCCACAAGAAAUUGCGAAGGCCGUGGAAAGCACCAUGCCGCAGCCAGAAUGGCAUGAGCUGCUUCAAACGCUCCAGAUCAAUCGUCAGAAAGAGUCUGGGCCGCUCGCCGGCGGCAGACCCUCAAUCGGCGCAUCUAUCACAGGAAUUGGCUUUGUAACAAAUGGCGAGACAGCUGGCAGCGCCGAGGAGAAUACGUUUGCUAGUUAUUUGUCUUCUCAAAUCGGGAAUCAAUCGGACGAUGACGACUCCGACGAGGACUCUGGCUGGAUCGGAGCGCGCGUUGGGCGCUCCGGUCAUGCAGAUGCUGAAGGGUUUGACGACAGCUUCCAACCCAUUGCCCAUACUGGUGGCGACAAUGACUUCGAUGACGAUUGGGGCCCCUUUGCUGGAUCCUCGGAUCCACCGACUGCCGAGUCAUCAAAUCCAUUCGCUCAAAAUUUGACGUCCGCAGACUGGGCUGCACAAUUUCAUCGCGAGGCUUCAUCUGCAGCUUUUGACGACCCAGAUGCGCAGGCAAAUAGCGACUCAGCCUCACCAUCGUCACGCGACAAUGACGACCCCUUCGUCGAUUUUUUUGAUCCAGAAUUCCGGAACAAAGAUCUUAUCAUCAGUCCGCCAGCAGGGAACGUCGUCGCAGAGCGUGCUCGACGGCGAUCGUCUGCCUCGUCAGGAAGCUCUGAUCCAUCCGCAGCCCAAGCGGUUCACGCAGAAGAGCCAUUCGGGCCAGGCGUGAAUGCUACGAAGACAGAGACAACGGACGAUGGACGCCUUGUACGUACCAUUGAUGACGGAGUCGGAGGCCAGAUUCAGGUGGCAGUGCCUCUAGAUGACGUCGCUCUAGCGGUGGCGAGCGAGGCGGCCCAACGCGAGGAUGCGAGCAUCCCCAAGCCCGCCGCAGAAGAUGGCGAAAGUGCAAAGGCGGCCUCGAGUGAGGACAUCGCACUCUCAUAGAUGCGUUGCUCGCUCAAUGCGCAUCUUUCAGUACCCUUAGAAUACAUAUACACGAUGCGCGUGCUUGCAAAAUGCGAAUCCAAGGGGGAGCUGCUUGCAUUUCCAAAGCGCAGUAACUCAAAAUGCGGUGUUCCAAUAUGUCUGCUCUUCCGCGGUUGAAGGCAGCUUCUCACGUCUAAGCAUUACACCGCUGACGUUGGGGAAAGUGGAUGCUUGACUGAGCCGGUCCGCAUAGGCGAAUGCAUCAGACGACAUCGAUUGUCUUUCAUCCGCCGAGGAUGUUGCACUCGCGCGAGAUGAGAUUGAAGCUCUGUGCAUUUCAUUGGCGGACACAGAAUGAAUGCUGCUGACCGAGCCGGACCAGGCAUGGCCAGGCGCUGUUGCAUAAGAUGCCAUCGUCUGCGCUCUGCCACGCCCU